CAACCACACAGUGACAUGUUAGUUCACACACUUUGAGUCAGCUAACAGACCCGUCGCUGCGCUGCUCGCCUGUUCAUUUAACAGUUAUGAAAAAUCUCCAUUUCAAGGAUUUCUUCUGGAACUCUGACCUGACCAGCACUGGUGGCUACGAUACUCUCAUCCAGUAUCUCAAUGAUGGCAAGAGGACAUGCAAGGAGGUGGAGGACUUCAUGAAGGCCAGGGCAUCAAUUGAAGAAAAGUACGCGAAAGAUCUUCUUGGUUUGUCCAAGAAAGUGUGUGGACACAAUGAGAUGAACUCAUUAAAACGAUCCCUGGACUUUUUCAAAUUACAGACUGAACAUGUGAGUCUAUCACACUUACAAAUGGCACAGAGCAUGAGGGAGGAGGCCAAGAAACUGGAAGAAUUCAAAGAAAAACAAAAAGAAGCGAGGAAAAAGAUAGAACAACAGAUGGAUGCUCUCCACAAACAGAAGUCCUCGGUGUUCAAGAAGACAAUGGAUUCAAAGAAAACAUAUGAGCAGAAGUGCCGAGAUAAAGAAGAAGCAGAUCAGAACGUGAACCGAAACACCAACACCAACAACACCAAGCACAUGGAGAAGCUCUAUUCUAAGGCACAGCAAGCAAAACAGAAUUCAGAAGAAGCAGACAGGUUAUACCAUCAGAAUGUGAUCACAGUGGGAAAGGUCAGAGAUGAAUGGUUGAAGGAACAUGUCAAAGCCUGUGAGAUGUUUGAGAAACAGGCAAUGGAGCGAAUUAACUUUCUGAGAAACACAGUCUGGACUCACCUCAACCAGCUUUCCCAGCAGUGUGUGACCAGUGAUGAGCUGUAUGAGGAAGUGAGGAAGUCACUGGAACAGUGUGAUGUCCAGGAAGAUAUUGAACACUUUGUAAACCUCAGGCAGACCGGUGAAAAACCCCCAAGUCCAGUUACGUAUGAGAACUUCUACAGUGGUCAAAGGUCUCCGUCCGUAGCUCCACCUUCUAGACUGCCUCCACCAAUCACCAGGAGGGGCCCAUUACCUGAUCCAAAUGACAAUGAUUCAAUCUACUCAACGGUGCAGGACGCAGGGUACAGUGUUAUCCAAUACUAACACACAGAUCUGCUGUAGAAGUUAUUGUACAUCAUGUACAGCUCUGGAGCUUUGCAGUGGAAAUUAAGCGUAUAUAAAUCUCCUCACUAAGCCUCUCCAUUUCCUGUAACAAUUUACUAGAUGGAAAUGAGUAGUUGUAACUGUUGACAUACAUAUUUUUAGGUAUGGAUGUGUGAUAUUGUAAAUAUGCCACAGUAUACCACAAAACAGGAAACGUCAUUAUUUUUGUUCAUUGGUUGUUUUUUUUUCAAAUUAAAUACGCUAAAAUUAAGACUUUUGCUCAGUAUUUGAUGAUAAACACAUUCCGUAAAAUUAGAUGAUAAAGGACAAGGUAAUUACUGUACAAAUUUAAGAAGUCUUUAAUUCUGUCUAGAUAUAAAGGGUAUUUAUUGUGUUAAAUUGUGUAAAGCUCUAUCUUUCACAGAAUUGCAUUAGAAUGUAUCUUUAGUUUUGUAUUUAUUUUAGUUGAUCUAUAUUUUUCUCAAACCUUUAAUAGAUAUUAAAAAAGAAGAUUGUCAUCUGCUUACUUGUUUUCACUUCUUUUAAGAUGUGAGAGUAGUAUGUCAGCUGACAGGAGAUGAUGUAAUUUGAAGGUUUUGCACACUCAUUGAUCUACAGUGUGCAGUAUAUGGAUUACAAACUACAGACCCCGUUUCUUUCCAUGAAAGUCCCGUUAUUUUUCACUCAAAAUGCCUCCUAACAUUUUAAAUCUUGCUAAGUUUAUGUCCUGAACAAUCAUUUUCUAUUGUAAGAAAGUCAGAUUCGGUCUUAUGCCCUUUAUUGCCAUUCAAAUUAUUUAAAUGCACAUGUAUGAUGAUGACAUACGAUAUGUUCUAAAUACUUGAGCAUUGUUGGAAUUUCUGCACGUUGGUAUUGCGUUAUUUAUUUCAACACAUUUGUAAAAAAAAUGCUACAAACUGUGACUAAGUAUGAAACUGCAUUUGUAAAGAGGCAUUACAUGGCAUUUUACUGUGCAGCUGUCUGUAAAUACAGUUACUGUUGUUCUCA